UUCAAAUUAAUACUUUAAAUUUGACACAUGAAAAUUAAAACUUAAAAAAAACAAUAAAAAAAAUUAAAGGUUAUGGUAUAAGAAUGUAUGAACUAUUCUGAAGCCUUCUUAAAAUCCACAUUACAAACAAAAGAAAGAUCACAUUGCUUGAUGACCUAGCGUUUCAUUCAGUAACAUGGCGGGUGCAAUGUUGUUUGAGAGGACUGUCUCUUCCAGAGAUAGGGAUAAUAGUCGAAUUCUUCCAACUUCUAGCAGAAACGUUGACGAAGAAAAUGAAGAAGACAUCAAAAAUAAGGAACAAGGAAUUUUGCAGUUGGGAGAGCAAUAUAAGAAAGAAGGCAAAGCUAAAGAGUUAGCAGAGCUUAUCAAGGCAAGUAGACCAUUUCUUAGCCAGAUUAGUAAAGCUAAAGCUGCAAAAUUAGUGCGUUCUUUGGUAGAUUAUUUCUUGGAUCUUGAAGCUGGAAUAGGAAUAGAAGUUCAACUUUGUAAAGAGUGUAUCGAAUGGGCUAAAGAUGAACACAGGACUUUUCUCAGGCAGUCACUGGAAGCUAGGCUUAUCGCUCUAUAUUUUGACACAGGAAUGUUUACAGAAGCACUACAGCUUGGCUCAAGUCUUCUUAAAGAAUUAAAGAAAUUAGAUGAUAAAAAUUUGCUUGUUGAAGUCCUUUUGUUGGAAUCUAAAACUUAUCAUGCUUUGAGCAACCUUUCAAAAGCCAGGGCUGCUUUGACAUCAGCCAGGACAACUGCUAAUUCCAUAUAUUGUCCACCCAAAAUGCAAGCAGCCCUCGAUUUGCAAUCUGGUAUAUUACACGCAGCAGAUGAACAAGAUUUCAAAACAGCUUACUCAUAUUUCUAUGAAGCUUUUGAAGGCUAUGAUAGUGUAGAGAGCCCAAAGGCUUUAGUUGCUCUUAAAUAUAUGCUUCUGAGUAAAAUCAUGUUAAACACACCAGAAGACGUGCAGCAGUUGGUUAGCGGGAAACUUGCUCUUAAGCAUGCUGGUAAAGAUAUUGAUGCAAUGAAAUCAGUUGCUCAAGCCAGCCAUAAGAGAUCACUUGCUGAUUUCCAGCUAACUUUGAAAAAUUACAAGAAAGAGCUUGAGGAAGAUCCAAUUGUACGAGCUCACUUGGGUACACUCUAUGAUAAUAUGUUGGAACAAAAUUUGUGUAGGAUCAUUGAGCCUUAUUCCAGAGCUCAAGUCGAUUUUAUUUCAAAAUCAAUUAAACUUCCCCUUCCUCAAGUUGAAAAGAAGCUUUCUCAAAUGAUUCUUGAUAAGAAGUUCAAUGGUAUUCUUGACCAAGGUGAGGGAGUUCUUAUAGUGUUCGAAGAUGCGAUUGUUGAAAAAACCUACGAAAUGGCCCUGGAAGUUAUUAACAGCAUGGGUAAGGUUGUAGACACAUUAUAUCAAAAAGCUAAGAAGCUCUCUUAAGUUAAUUUUUACAGUUCUCAAAUUUCGAAAAGGCUGAAAAUUAUUUUUUCACAUGUACAACUAACUAAUAGAUAUCAGAACAUUAUUAAAGCUUUUCCAUUAUAAGAUUGUUUCUUUUAACAUUAGUAUUUAAACUUGUUUAGUCAAAUUGAAACAAAAAAAAAAUGUUUUUAUAUCUUGUACAUAGAAUAUAUAUGAAAUCUUAGUAUAAUAUUCACGAAAUGGUAAUAACCACUGUUAUUAACAUAUUUAUUUUUGUAAAAUAAAAGUAGACCUGGUUCGUUUCGAUCUUAUUUUAUUGUUAUUUUUAGUUCAAUUUUUACUUUCUCUGUUUAAAAACAAAAUAAAGUCGUAAGUUAUGUGUUAUAUAGAUAUUUUUCUUUUAGUUUUUAAGCUAACCACAUUGUUAUUUUGAAGAUGUUAAUACCGUAUCUAAUAAAUUUUACGAAUGUAAAA